AGAACACGUCGCCUCUUUUGUACUUUGGCCAAAGCGGUGCCCUCAAUGAGCACAUAUCCGACGUUUUCGGUAUCAUUGUAAAGCAGGUCGUCGAAAAGGAGGAUGCUGCUUCGGCUGACUGGCUCGUUGGUGAAGGUUGCAUUGCCCCUGGAGUCAAGGGCGUUGCCCUUCGGAGCAUGAAGGCCCCGGGGACAGCAUACGAUGAUCCCAGAUUUGGAAAGGAUCCUCAGCCAGACCAUUUCAAGUACUACAGGGCUACCUUUGAGGAUAAUGGGGGUGUUCACAUCUAUUCGGGGAUCCCCAACAAGGCCUUCUACCUCUGUUCAACAGCAUUUGGUGAAUGCACCUUCUUGGAGUUUGCAACCGCAACCAUCACCGCGGCCAGGUCCCAAUUCGGAGCGGAAGCCGCCAAGGUCGUUAAGAACGCUUGGAAGGCGGUCGGACCCGAGCCCUACAGAGCCGCAUACAGACGGUUCUGCGAGGAACGAACUUUCUUCAAAGACAUAAACCUCUCCAAGGAUGUCCGCUGGCCAUUAGCAACCGGGUCGCCUGUUAUGAGCUGGGAAAAAGUGUUUCUCCUCGCGCAGAUGCAGCUAAGUGGCGGUGAGUGGCCGUCCACCCUGCACAAGGCCCGCCGGAAGGAGCUCAUGGCGGAGAAGAAGGAUAUUUUCAAAGUUCUCAAUAGGAUCGUCCGUUGCACUAUAGACAUUGUCGGCUCAAAGAAAGAUGGGGAAGGGACGAGUUGUGGACUGGAACUCUUGCGAUGCCUGGAAGCUGGGUUCUGGGAGCUGCAGGGAGUAGAAAUUCGACAGGUCGUGAGCAUCGGACCCAAGAUGGGGGCAAAGCUGGCCGAGGCCGGCAUCACAACUACAAAGGUGCUAGCAAAGAUGGAAUCAUGGAAUAUGCAGCGGGUGAUGGGCAAGAACGUACCAUUUGCUACGGCCAUGUUCCAUAGGAUGAAGGUUUUCCCCAUCCUGGCCAUGGAUGUCACACAAGCCGGCCGUCUGCCAGAGGACGAGGGAGUGGCAGUCAUUAAAGCGUCUCUACGAUACGAAAACAAGCAGGUCCCGACUUGGAAGGGACUCGACAUAAGGGUGGUGUUCUGGGCGGAGAGGGAAUCUGACAAGACCCUGGUGUAUUUCUGGCGGCGCAAGAUUAGGCGGCUGGAGGGCACCAACGGCGUAGAUGUUGUCUUCGGGGCCGGGCUUCCAGCCGCCGAAUACGUGCGUUGCUACUUUUCCUGCGAGGAAGUUGUUGGGACGAUCGUCCAGCAAACCAUCGAAGACAACUAUAUGUACGUGUGCUCGCUUCUGAACGCCGCAGCUAGCACCGCCUGCCUCCUCCGGGCUUCGAGCUCCAAUGGUGCGGCUGACAAGGCCAACACGUAUCAGCACAUCUAA